AUCAGCAAAGUGAUAAUAGUAUUGAUAAAGAAAAUGUAAAUCCUCAAUUGCAAAAUCCAAGAAAGUGUACAAAAAGGCUCAAGUCUUCUCAUGAAGCUGUUAAACCUAAAGUGAAGCAACAAUGUUGA